AUGGUUAUAAUCAGGUUCAAAACUCAUUAUUAAUUCAAGAACUACAAAAUGUAAAGAAGAAACAAAGGCUAUCUAAAGAAGAGACAAACCACAUGCCUCAGGAGGAAUUCUCUGAAAUGGUAGAGCAUUGCAAGGUUGCCAAUUGCUCGAAUCGGUUGUGUGAUUUACCCAAUGAGCUUCUUCUCCAUAUCUUGUCAUUUCUUGAGGUGAAGGAUGCAGCCCAGACAAGCCUAUCAUGUAAAAGGUGGGGACAAUUGUGGGCCUUGGUUCCUGAUCUUCACUUCAAGGAGUCUGACUUAUCUAAGAGGUCUCUCUUCUUGGACUUUGUUGAAAGGGCAUGUGCUCUUCGUGGCAGAUUGCCUAUGAGAGCAUUUUCUCUCAACUGUGAAAUAGAGGGAGCUGUCGUCCACGUCAAGAAAUUGAUUGAAUCCGUCAUAACAUCUGGUGUACGAGAUCUCUCCCUGGUCUUUUCUAGCUAUAAAAGGGCAUACUUAUUACCUUCAUCCAUAUUUACUUGUGCAAGUCUAGAAAUGCUCUGUGUGGAAUCAUUUUGCCUCCUCAAGCUCCCUUCAAUUUGUCUUCCAAAACUCAAGGCCUUGUAUUCGUGUUACUGGCCCCAAGCUUCAACAUCUCAGUCUCAACAUGUUCAGGAGUUUACUCUAUUCAGCUCACUGGAUUUUUUAGAGUCCAGAAGGGGCAAUGUUCCUCUCUUCAGUAAUUUGAUCAAGUUAACAUUGGAUGGGCAUUUUACGAAUAGUAUCAGGGGGCUCUGGAUAUUGCUAAGAAGAUGUCCUCGUCUCCAAAAUCUCUGUUUUAAUAAGAUCUCAGAACGAUAUCUGUCAUGCUCUUGUGCACUGAAGAACUUCACAAGAGGCUUUUCAUGGUUGGGGUAUUUCUUGAGAAGGCAAUGGCAUUGACUGAAAUGGUCAUCAAAGUUCCACAGCAGUAUGAGGGUGAGGGCAUUCUGUUGGAGAAAUUGAGUAAAUAUCCCAUGGGGUC